AAGGAGAGCGACAAGUGACAACAAACGCGAAAAUUUUUCGAUGGACGUCGUCGCUUGUGUGUGCAAACCAAAUUCCCCCAAACUGAAAAAUCGAUUUUAGACCGUGAAAUCCGUCCCCGAACGGGACCAAAGCCGCAGCAAUGGAAACCUCCGGAGACAUGCUGACGAUUAACAACUUUUUCGAGAACGACAUGCUGGAUUUUGAUGGAAGCAGUGGUUUAGAGUUUCCCGAUUUAGAUUUCGUUUACGCGGACGCCGACUCGCAUGCGAACGAGAUUGCGGAACUGUACAGCUACACCGAGCAGGUCGAGUUCCAGUACAAUGUCCGGGCAUUCGAAGAUCAAAUGGAAUACUACAAACUGCCACCCAGCUGGCAGAAAUUAUCGGAGACGGAGCAGCGUGGCAUCAUACUCAAACUGCUGGACCAGUUGGACAUGUCCAAGAAGAGCCUCCGGAUGAAGGCUGCCCGCUGUAUUCUGUAUUUGGCGCAGGGGUGCUGGGCCGAGGUACAAUGCGACCAGGAACAGCAAACCAUAGCGCGCAAAAACAUCAUGCUGCUGUACGAUGCCGGCGUUUUCGGAGCAUUUGUCGAGCUACUUAAUCUGGAAAUCGACAACUCAUCAACUGCUAGCAUUGCCAUUCGCAAGGUGGCCGUUUCGUUGGCGGACUCUUACGAUCUGAGAAUAAUUCUGUCGGUGCUCUACAUUAUCACCGAGGUGAUGCGAGCCGAGAAGGAAAGCGAAUGCGAGGAAUACGCUCAUCUAGUGACCAAUUUCAUCAAUGAGAUUACAUAUCCCAUUGGAGAUGAGCUGCUUUCGGUGAAACUACUGGGAAUGAUCACAAAGUUCUGCAGUGGUCUGGCUCCGCACUUUCCGAUGAAGAAAGUGCUGCUGCUUCUGUGGAAGGUGUCUCUCGUAUCGCUGGGUGGAAUGGAUACCCUUAAGACAUUGAAAGAUAAGUACCGCGCAGAGGCCGGUCUCCCCCAGAACAAAGAGGACACCCUCGAAAUCUCCAAGGUGAUGCGUGCCAGCUCGCCUCCGAUAACGGCACCCUCGAACGAGGACAAUCAAAAUCCCAAACGCAACAAGCCGUUCCGAAGAGUAUGUACGAACACUACUAGUCAGUUGCAAGAGAGUCUCAUCAAGCAAAGUUCCCUCGACGAGCAGGAACAAAUCGGACUGGAGAUGGAAACACCCUCGACCGAGAACGAGGAAGAGUUGUCCGAGUACUUCCGACAGUACGACGAUCCGGUGAAUGGGGCCAACGCUCCGAACUUAGAUGCCCCUGGACCGGAAGAUGAAACUACUCCGCCGGCGGAAAGUAACGACACUCCGGAACAGCUGUCCAACAAGCUUCCCUGGGCGCCGAAAAUUCGUCGGAAAGAUAUCGAAAUUUUUCUCAACACAUCUCGCAGUAAGUUUAUCGGGUACAUCCUGAAGGACGAUCAUCAAACCUUGGCCGGACUGCCCCAACCGAUUCAGGAGGGAUUCUAUACGCUGAAGAAGCACAUGUACAUCAGCCUAGCGGAUGUCCAGAUCAAGAAGGAAGAGGAAAUUACCCGCAACCCGAUUUCCACCUCGGAGGGCGAGAUUCUCCAAACUCCAACCGAGAUUCUGUACCAAGCAAUACUCCCGAAUCUUCCACAGUACAUGAUAUCGCUGCUGAAGAUUCUGCUGGCUGCGGCCCCGACCUCCAAGGCCAAAACCGAAAGCAUCAACAUCAUGGCCGACGUACUGCCAGAGGAUAUGCCAAUGACCGUCACGCAAUCGACCAAGCUGGGCAUUGACGUGAGCCGACACAAGGAAAUCACCGUCAAGGCCGUUUCCGCCAUUCUGCUGCUCUAUCUGAAGCAUUUCAAGAUCAACCACAUCUACCAGUUCGAGUUUAUGUCCCAACAUCUCGUGUUUGCCAACUGCAUCCCGCUGGUGCUGAAGUUCUUCAACCAGAACAUCAUGAGCUACGUGGGCUCCAAGAACGUGAUCCCGAUCAUGGACUUCCCAUCGUGUGUCAUCGGGGAGCAGCCGGAACUCACGUCCGAAUCCCUCAUCAUUGGAGAUUCCGCGCCAUAUUCGUGGCGAAAUGUGUUCUCCUGCAUCAAUCUGCUGCGAAUUUUGAACAAACUGACCAAGUGGAAGCACUCCCGGAUCAUGAUGCUGGUGGUGUUCAAGUCAUCUCCGAUUCUCAAGCGAACGCUCAAGGUUCGUCACGCCCUGAUGCAGCUGUACGUCCUGAAGCUGCUCAAAAUGCAAACCAAGUACCUUGGACGGCAGUGGCGCAAAUCCAACAUGAAAACCAUCAGCGCCAUCUACGCCAAGGUACGACAUCGGUUGAACGAUGAUUGGGCCUUCGGGAACGAUUUGGACGCGCGGCCGUGGGAUUUCCAGGCCGAGGAAUGCGCCCUGCGGAAUUGCGUUGACCGGUUCAACAAUCGCCGCUAUCUGCAAACGAACGCUUCGGAUCUCAUUGCGAGUGAGUUUGAUGAUCCCAUCGAGGGCGACGCGGUCAACGGAGGAGGAACCAACGGAGCAAACGGCGCGAAUGGCCGUAAGUCGGAUGAAAUCGAGCUCAACGAGGAGUUCAAACAAAACUACGAGCUGUGGCUUCAGCAAGAGGUGUACAAUAACAAUAUCGAUUGGGACUCGCUGCUGUCGAGUGAAGAUUUCGCAUGAAUUUGUUAUAAAGCAUAGGGCAAAAUUGACACGUGUAGAACGAUAUAUUUAUAACGUAACUAUUGUAACAAUAAGCGAUAACUUGAUAAAAAUAACUGAGCUGAUGCAGCUACGGGAACGUUGAAUGAGUAUUGCAAACUAUGAAUGAAAAGUUUAUUUUAUUCAAAGAUGACAGCUUCGAAUUUGCAAGCUUUAAAAAGGUUUACACUGACAUUUUAUUUUCCGAAGUCUAUUUUCACGUAGGGUAGAUGUACCAAUAGUCGACCAGCUAAGAAUAAAUUUUUGUAUAAAAUUGAA